AAUUUGAUUUUUGCGGUACUAAAAGGAACUACUUAAAGCGUUAUUUUCCCCCCAAAUAAGCAAGAAUGGUGCAAUAAGGACAUUUGUUGUCAACUGAUGUUUCUAUCGUCUGAGGGACGAAAAAUAUGCACAUUUUUUUAAACCGAGAAUGCUCUCUCAUGACCUUGGUUCUAUUUUGUUAAAGUUCAAACUUCUGAUAGCUUUCUUUUGGAGAUCGAAUUGAAGCAUAAUUACCUUCAAGACAUUUCAGGAUAGUUAGCUGCAUUCGGUACUAAAACAACUGUUUCAAACCGGAUACUGUUGGAUCCAUAAGAGUAAAUAAAUUCCAUACUUAGAGAACUACGUCAUAUCUCAAGUCAAUUGGGUGACGGUAGUAGACGUGAGAAAAGUGUACUUUAGUAUCAAAAACAUACGAAGCUCAUGGAUUUUGGAAAGGAACAACGGAUUUCACCCAGGGUCUAUCAAUUAGCCCAAAUAAUUUAUCGGGAGUUUGAAGUCAUAAAGAAGGUCUAUGGCGAAUCCGCAUACGGUGGAUUGGUACCUAUUGUUGUCGGUAUUCUAGAAGAAAUGGACCUCUUGACUGUGGAUAAGCAGAAAUUGGACCUUGACUUAAAUCUUUUGACUGCCGAGAAGAAUGAUAUUUCUGUACAGUUGUGUCGUCAAAAGGAGCUUUACAUAGCUGCAAAAAGACAUAUUCACUGUCUGGAAGAUGAGCUGCUUGGUAUGAAAAAAGAAACGGACAAGAAAUUCGAAGAACUUGAGGAGAAUUCGAGACACUAUCAACUUCUUGUCAAGAAUGCUAAUGAUCAUAUUUUUAGAUUAGAAGAAAGGGAACAAGAUCUUAGAUCAGAAUUAUCUGCACAAAAUGAAAGAUACACUAAAUUACUUAAAAUUUAUGUGGAUUAUAUAGAAACAAACAAUUUAUCUGUGUCAAACAACGAUAUUGAAUCGGGAACUGUAUGCAUUGGUUGUGAAAAAGAUACUGAAUCAAAUGAGCUAGUUAUGAAAUCGACCGUUAAUUCAAACCCCACAAAUGAAAAUCCCAAUCAAAUUUCAGUAGAAUCGGGUUACAUUUUAAACACGAAUUCUAGAAAUAAUGACAUUUCAACCAUUGGAAUUAAUUUAACACAUCCUCUAGAAUCUGAACCUGGUGUGAACGCUUUGCACUCUCUUGAUAGUUCUUUGAAGUCAAAUAAUGGUACCGCUUCUUUUAUUGACAUUUAUGAUGAUAUGUAAGUGUUUUACUUCGGAGUUGUUCAUUGAUUGUAACUUUUCUUUCUAUAGAUUUACUUAAAACACGAUUACGUGCUGAUGAAGUUCAGCCACUAGAAAUGUACUACAUUUGUGAGAAUAGUUGUUGUAUAUUACGUGGUUUAUUGGCUUCAGUGAUUGCGUAGAUUAUGAAACGGCUUUAGAAUCAACUCCUGCUAUGGGCACUGGUGAUGAUGUUGAAGAAAUUGGUAUGAUCAAAGAAGUUGAAAAAUUAAUUAAAGAGAAUACUGAUUUGUAUGAAACAAAAAAUGCUUUAAAUAUUUUAAAAGAUGAUCUAAUUAAAAAACUAGAUGAAGUGACCGGGUAAGUGAAUAGGCGUUAUAUAAAGUAUGUGUGCUGUGAAUUUUAUGUAGCAGUAAGUGUUGUAGGGAUGUAAGGUGACCAUUUAAGGCUUUGCUUCGAACUAAAGUUAUUGGUUCCUCUCCUGAUAAAAUCCACUUGCUACUAAGUUGUUCAACUUUUGAUUUUUUUGUUUUCAGUAAUCGGAGGGAGUUAGAUUUCUAUGAGAUUACAGAAAUAUUGUUGUUAUUAGUUGUAAACACUUUUUUCUAGUCAGAUAUGAGAAAUACUGAUAAUUUCUUAUUUUAUAGAUGUUUAGAAGGUUGGUGGGAUAAAUAAAGUAUCUCAGCCAGUCAGUCAUAAACGACAUAGAACUUGGCUCUUGUUAGCAACGGUCCAAUUUGUGUUACACCGCAUUACCAUAGGGAGUCGGAAUAAUCAAAACAAAUAUCAGAGUAGUAAAGAUAGUAACAGUAUUAUCAGUAUUAGGAACAAAGAUAAAUUUAAGCAAUGUAAUUCGAGAAUGAGUAAUGAAUUUAUGGAAUAAAAACAUAAUUUCAAAGCUGUGAAUCUAAAUGAAAACAGAGAGUUAAUGCAUCUACACCGUUGCGAUUGAUUCUGAGCCAUACCACGAUAAUCCCGUACACCUCAACCAAGUAGUCUGGACCCACCAGCAUGGCUAAAUCUAACAGUCAAUGACUACAUGAACUAAUGCCACGUCUUCAAUUUGGCCAUCCUUGGCUUUCUUCCAACUUAUUUUAACACCAGUCAACAUCAAGCGUCGAGAUAGGCAAUGGUGGGACGUAGUGUAUGUCCCGAUCACACUGGUGGCUGAAGAUUUACAAUCUUAACAACUGAUCAACCAUCCUUCCAUACUACCAUAUGUUCUACCUCAACAUUGCUCACUUGGCGGUUUUCAUCAUAUUCUAAUGAUGACCCAAAGACGCCUGUGAUCAAAUACUAGUAACCCUCAAGUGUAAUUUGCUUUUAAAUAUUACUUUUACAGCUAUAAAGUAAAACAAUGAACUGUUGCAUAAGAUACUCGUUCUUUGGUUGGGAGAUGGACAUCUCACCUACUCCACAAGUGACGUAACUCGUUAAAGUCAGGCAAGGCUUCUGAACCUGUGUAGAGAUUUCUUCAGAUAACAACACAUCAGAUUUAAUGAGAAUUCCAAGAUAAGUGAAACAAUUGGCACGCCCAACUACACUCCCUGUGAUAAAUCUUGGCGAUUUUGUGAACCAGUCAUGAAGCAACCUCUUUUAUUUGGAGGUGUUUUAAUUAUUGCUCAAGGCGUUCAGAAGACAGCAUGUUUUCAGCGCCUUCAAGGAGCAGGGCUAUGUAAUCUCUGUAUUCUAAGUCGAUAGUUGAAUCUCCUGACGUGAGAUCAGUUCUAAAGUUUAAACGAAUGAAGCGUUAUUUUAAUAAAGUAUCCGUGACAAAGUUAAGUGAAUAUGGGGAAAUUGGGCGGCCUGGCCAUUGGUUGCCUGCGUGUAGAGUCUUCACACUUAUCUUGUGCUCGUUUCGGUGACAGAUUCUACCAUAAUUCCUGUCGAUUAUUGGAAUGAAGUGGUGCCCCAGGGUCAAGAUCUGUUCAUGGUUCUCUAUCUGAUUAGGAGCGAAUAUUUGGUCGAUACUUCCACAUUAAGGCUGAAAACCAGCUUGAUUUUCUGAAGUUUGUUGUCCAUUAAACUUAGUUAAGCGUUGGAAGAUUGUUGAAGCUAAUAUUUCAGAAACUAUAUUAGUCAAACUGAUUUCUCUGUUGCAACUAGAGGAUUUUAGUUCCUUCUCAUAAACUAAUUAUGACCAGUCUGAUGGGGUUACAUACUAUUCCCAAACUGUAGCUAAUAUCCCAGUCAGUCUUAAAUUUUAGCCACCAUCCUUAAUAAUCUUGGUUAAUCUACCAGGUUUCUCUGCUCUCCCUCACUUUAGAUUACCUGUAGCCUUUUUAACUUCACUGAGAGUUAGCAUGUUUAUGGUUGUAACCCAUCCAGCUUGUUUGAUGACAGUAGACAACUGAUGGAUAGUUGAAGGCGGGUUAACCAUUCCUCUAAGUGUUACGCUCAUCAUUUCAACUGUGUGGGCUGAAAGCGGGUUAUGGUCUUAUCCUUUUUCAGAUAUGGUCUUACGACCACCAGAUAUUUGAAUACCUUUUUCUUUGAUAAGUCGGAAAAGUUAUCUGUUAUUACUUAUAACUGCCACUCUUUCUGUUUCUUGCUUUCGUCGCCUAUCACUGUUCACAGUCAUUGCGUAGACGUUUUUCAAUCUACGAUUAAGUUGCCUUUACUAAUAUCUGAACUUUCAAUUCGACUGUUUCAUCUUUGUUUCCACUGGUUAAUAGUGAUUAAGAUAACUCAUGCAAUAUGUCUGAGAUGUUCAUGCUUAUAAACAUUUAUUCGGUAUUUUUUUUAUUGAUAUCCCGAGCUAAAAUAGUCUAUUUCUUUUUUGUUUGUUUAUUAAAAUUAGUGAGAAAUCUAUGUUAAUUCAAGAAAUACAUGCUAUGCGUACCAAUAGAGAUGAAAUUAAAUCUGAAGCUAGUCGUUUAUCACGUUUAGUUUAUGAAUGUCGUGAUCAAAUAUCUAGCUUAACUGCUCGUCUUAAAAUUUAUGAAGACGUCAACGAGGCUGAUCAACGUUCAUCUAGAUUACUUCUUACUUCAAUACAACAGUCGAAAUCCUGUUGGACAUUAAAUGCAGAAAGUACAUGUCACACAUCAUCAAAGUAUCGUAAUAAAUCUGUAGAUAAUUUGAAUGAUGUUUCACCAUUGAAUGAUAUGAAUAAAACUGAAGAUGGAUACGAUUUACAGAGUACCCUUAAUAAAGUACCGAAAUUCGGUGAAGCUUUCUUCACUAAACGAGAAAUGGCUCGUGUUAUCGCAGAACGUAACAGUUAUAAAGAGAAAUUCUUGGAACUACAAGAUGCAAUGCGCUUAAUGGAUAGAUUACGAGUAGAUCAGAAAUCUCGUCUACAAGUUUCGACGGGUGAUGGUUUUGAGCGUUGGGUACCAAGGUCAUUCUUUUCAACUGUCCAGUCGGGUUUAACUGGAUUAUUCUCAACUUUUGAUCAGGCUGUUCCUUUAGCUUCUGUUUUGCCGUCAGAAGCUCAAUGUCUUAGUCCAUAUCAGUUAAAUGAUUCUAACCACUCUUGGUCACAAGGUUCUUACAAUUUAUCAGUUCAGUAUAUGAAUUCCUCAAGUAAUGGACGGAGGAAAUCUGUUGGAUUAAGAAACAUGUUUAGCAGGCUAUUUGGUUAUACAAUUGCAUAUGGUCCUGAUUCAAACACCGUUAAUGUUGGUCAUGAUUUAACUGCCGGUGUAGAUAGUCACUCAUCAGGCGAAUCUGUGUCGAAAUCACUUGAAUCUAACCUUAAUUAAAAUCGAUAUAAUUUCGACAGAUAUAUAAUGAUGUUGGAAUAGUUCUUAAAUUAUCUCAGUUGAAUAUCAGUGAUAUCUCUUUGACUAGCUUGGAAUAAUAAUUCUUUUCUCAAACUAUGUAAUUACGAUGAAAUGUAAUAAUGAUGACGUUGUUAUCAAAUUAUAAUAUUUUUUUGCAAUUUUACAAUUUACACAUCUUGUUCUCUUUUAUGUACACAACUUUAUCACUGUCAUCCAUCAUUAAUUCUACACUUCAAUUAGAUUUACAAAUUCGAAUAAAAAUAAGUAUAUUUUUUCUUUUUAUAUUCAACAGCUUUAUUGUUUUUGCUGUUUAAACCAAUUCUUUCAUAAUCGGUGCUUGUAUGUGUUAAGUUGAACGAUUUACUUCAUUUGUUUGUGUCAGCGCCUGUGUGUGUUAAUCAAAGAGAAUGUUAUUUGCCAUGCCUUCAUUUAUUAUUUUUUUCAUUUCACCAUGCCUUUCAUAACUUGUAUUUUGACUUCUGUAUUUUUUUAUACUAAAAACCAACAUUACUUGUUAACCAACUUUUGUGUAUCUAAGCAACUACGUUUUAUUGAUUAUACCAGCCGUACUUUUAAAGCAACAUCUAGUAGAAGUAGUAGUAUUCAGUGCAUUAUUUAUUUUUCUACAUUAUUUAUGUGUUCUAUUUUGUUUUUCUGUGAAACAUCUGCAUUAUCUAUUUAUUGUCUUUUUUAAAAAUGAAAUUUGCUCUGUUACGUAGCUUCCAUUAAAAAAGAAAAUAAAACUUUUAUUUAGUGAUAUUGUCCAGUUGAAUGCGCAUUAUGAUUAUGUUGUGCUGUAUAUUUUUUUUUGGGAAUAAAGUUGGAAGAACAAAACAAGACUGAGUGCAUUAUAGUUUUCCUGACAAGUCAGACAUACACUAACUAUAUUAUGACUUAAUAUAAAAAGUAACCGAUUGUACAUUUUUUGUAAUACUUCCUGUCUUGAAAUUAAGUUGUCUAACCUAUUCAUGACAGUAUUUUAUCUUACAAAAUAAAAACAAUAUUGUAGAGUUUCCAAUGGUUUUAUUUUACACAGUUUGUUUAUAUUAAAUUAUUUCUUCAUUACAUACUGAGUUAACAACAAACAUGCAUCCAACUUAGUGUUUUACAUCACCAACUAAUUCUUGUUAGAGACUCAUUGGGAUUCUUAUUCUAUUUAAACAAAAUAGCUACUCAAUGCUUCCUUGUCUUCAAUGGUUGUCUAACCAGUCAGUCCGUGGUUUGUAACUUCAAACUGAACUAUCUGUGCAACAUCAUGAAAUAACGAAGUAAUAAUUGUUUGAUAUUUAAUAAAUUAAUCUUGGGAGAUAAUCUUAGAUUUUAAAUCCAUUUAGAAAUAUAUACA